GAGUCUCAUUUCGGACGUAGUAGGCUGGUGCUAGCCGGAUAGCUUGUCUGCUAACGAGACAGAAGGACAGAAGAUGGAUUCUCCCAUACUGGAACCUUCCUUGCACACUGUUAAAGCUGUACUGAUUCUGGACAACGAUGGAGACAGGCUUUAUGCCAAGUAUUAUGACGACACAUAUCCGACUGUGAAGGAGCAGAAAGCUUUUGAGAAAAACAUAUUUAACAAGACUCACCGGACAGACAGUGAAAUAGCACUACUGGAGGGCCUGACUGUUGUGUACAAGAGCAACAUAGACCUCUUCUUUUAUGUGAUUGGAAGCUCACAUGAAAAUGAGCUCAUGCUUAUGGCUGUUCUGAAUUGCCUUUUUGAUUCCCUCAGUCAGAUGUUGAGAAAGAAUGUUGAGCGGAGAGCUUUGUUGGAGAAUAUGGAGGGACUCUUCUUGGCUGUGGAUGAAAUUGUGGAUGGAGGGGUGAUCUUAGAAAGUGACCCACAGCAGGUUGUGCACCGUGUGGCUCUUAGAGGCGAUGAUGUACCUUUGACAGAGCAGACAGUCACCCAGGUGCUUCAGUCUGCCAAAGAACAGAUCAAGUGGUCUCUUCUCCGAUAAUUGUCUUUACGCAAGUGUAACCAGGGAGCCGCUGCUCAGCCCAAACCACAUGGCACUGAUCUCGCUUUGAGCAGUACAAAUGGCUGAUCCAGUCACACUUUCGAACUUUAAAGUUUCCUUUAUCACAAUUUUUCUUCUGUCUUUUUUGCUCUGUUUUUAUGAUCAAAAUGAGGAUACAAUGUGUACAUUCCAGUAACGGCUUGCUUGUUUUGUUGAUUUCUUUUUUUAAUUGCGUUUUUUCUUUCAAAAGAUUAUCUACGAUUGUGAUACACUGAUAAACAUCACAAUGUCUGACACCAUUCCUUGUAUUGGUCUAUCCUGAUGUAUAAUCCAUUGAACCGCAUGCUGUCAUACACAGAUCACUGUAAAAAGAAUAAACUUGCUUUAAAUUUGCAA